UCCAGAGAAGUACAUUUGCAAAGAGCAGCUUAACAUCAAAUUUAAAUCAACUGAAUCAAAAUUGAGUUGUUUUUCAGUAUGAAGUGGCUUUUGUUAAUCUGUUUCUCUCUCUACGGGAUUGUCUCGGCCCAGUUAGACUAUGAUGAGUAUGACUUGGGUGAACCUCCAACACCGGCUGAAGAUGCAUUGGGUCCCAGAGCUCAUAGGCCUGUUUCCAGAGGCAGUGAAGUGUACAUCCCAAGUAUUGUAGCUCCAGCACCUGUUAGCAGGCAGGGGCGUUACCGUGGAAGACCAACUGCGGCUCCAGUUGCAAGACCUGGGGUCCAGAAAGAGGAACAACCUGAUGCUGGAGGGUGCACCCAUGCCUCUGAGAAAAUGGGUGUGCUUUGUCCAACAGGAUGUGAGCUGAAAUCGGCCAUACUGAAACAGGAAAAUAAUGUCAGACCAACAGUGGCUCAGCUGAAGAGAGAUGUGCAAAUCCUGGCUGAGUCUUCCAACUCCAUCUACAAAUAUGUGGUGGACAUGACUUCAGUCUUCAAGGAGAGACAGAGAGUCGGUGAUGUGAAUGGUGAUUUGAUCAAUCAGUACACAAAUGAUCUGGAGUCUCAGCACGUCUACGUAAAAGAAACUGUGGACACUGUCUUCCCUUCAAAAAUCCGGGUCCUUCAGAGCAUCUUGGAAAAGCUACGUGAAAAGAUCCAACGUGCAGAGGCAGCCAUCUUGGCACAGAACGACAAAUGCAAAGAACCGUGCAUAGUGUCAUGUCCAAUCCCUGUGGCUUCUGGCAAAGACUGUGAGGACAUCUUCCGUAAAGGUGGAGACGAGUCUCAGAUGUAUCUUGUGCGACCUGAUCCUUUCUUCCAGCCUUAUAAGGUGUACUGUGACCAGAGCACUCAGAAUGGAGGUUGGUUGCUCAUCCAGAAUCGUUUGGAUGGCAGUGUUGACUUCGGCAGACGUUGGGACGACUACAAGAGAGGAUUUGGAAAUAUUGCCUAUGAUGGAGGCAAAGGCCACUGUAACAUUCCUGGUGAGUACUGGCUUGGAAAUGAUCGGAUUAGCCAGCUUACUAAGAGUGGCCCAACGGAGGUUCUGUUUGAAAUGGAGGACUGGACUGGUGCUAAAGUCAGUGCAAAAUACCAGCAGUUUGCAGUGCAAACUGAGACAACCAACUACGUCAUGUCGGUUGGUGGUUACUCUGGUACAGCAGGUAACACAUUGCUCGAAGGUGCCAGUGAGCUGUCUGGAGAGAAUCGCACUAUGACCAUCCACAAUGGCAUGAUGUUCAGCACAUAUGACAGAGACAAUGACAAGUGGACGCCUGGUGAUCCCACCAAGCAGUGCUCAAGAGAAGAUGGAGGUGGAUGGUGGUACCAUAGAUGCCAUUCUGCCAAUCCAAAUGGCCGGUACUACUGGGGUGGGGCCUACAACAAAUACAUGGCCAAGCAUGGCACAGAUGACGGAAUUGUGUGGAUGAACUGGAAGGGGUCGUGGUAUUCUCUCAAAGCUAUCAGCAUGAAGAUCAGACCCUUCUUUGCACAGCGAUAAACAUUUGUUCACACAAACAUAUAUACAGCACAAUGAGGUGCUUUGAGUGUGACCAUGUUCACCCUGUUAUUUUUUUUAUUUUUCAAAAUAGUACCCUUGUCAUAUACAGAUAAAAUGACUGAGAAUACUGUUAUGUUUGAAAGAGUAUAUCAGAGAGUCUCAAAAAUGAUACAUGUUAAGGCAACAUCUAAGGAAUGCUCAGCAGAAAAUGCACAUGAACAUGAAAGAAGUAUUUGAGAGCAGUGCUGUGCAAUGUGUGUCCAAUAUAAAAAUUAUAAGGCGGUGUAUGGUCCAUCAAGGUCUCAUUAAAUAUGCGUACCCAGAAUAA